AUGGUUAGAUCUUUGAAGUAUCACGAGCAGAAGCUCCUCAAGAAGGUGGACUUUUACGAAUGGAAACAGGACCAAGGCCAUAGAGAUACGCAGGUAAUGCGUACGUACCACAUUCAGAACCGUGAGGAUUAUCACAAGUACAACAAGAUAUGUGGUGAUAUUCGUAGGUUGGCACACAAGCUCUCGCUCCUGCAGCCCACAGACCCGUUCCGUGUGAAGCACGAGCAACUGUUGCUAGAGAAGCUAUACCAUAUGGGGAUCUUGUCGACCAAGUCCAAAAUAUCUGCGCUAGAGAACAAAGUAACGGUGUCUGCGUUUUGCCGUCGUAGACUUCCGGUGAUUAUGCACAGGCUGAAGAUGGCACAGACCCUCAAAGAUGCAGUGCAGUUUAUCGAACAAGGUCACGUGAGGGUGGGACCAAACUUGAUUACGGAUCCAGCAUACCUAGUGACCAGGAACCUCGAGGACUAUGUCACAUGGACGGACUCGUCCAAGAUAAAGAAGACCGUUCUACGUUACAGAAACGCGGUGGACGAUUUCGACGAUGCAUAA